GCGGCACAGUGGUUGAAAAACACUGUUGUAAGGAUUGUGAUUUCCCCCAAAAGUGCACUUCCCCUUUAAGGACGUAGUAAAUGUGAUACAUCAUGUAAUAUUAUAGUACAUGCAUUUACUAGAAAAGUCAUGUUGUUCAGUUGUCAGAUAUGUUUAGCAUUAUUUCCUCGUAUUUAGUCUAUUAUUUAUCUUCCGUGUUAGCGGAGUGCAACAUGUAAACACACACGCAUGCUGACAUCCAUGCGCGCACUCGCGUCGUCGUGCUCGAGCCUCAGGUAGUAGCCCCUCCCCCCUCCCGGUGCUCCAUCCUCUCCAACAAUGCUAACACGGCAAGCUAAGCUAACAUGACUUCUUCUUGCCGAGCUUCCCGCCUCCCGUCCGGUCUCCUGCCUCAGUGUCUGCACUGACCUCUGACCCGGCUGACCCAUUUGUAUGUCAACUGCAGCUGAAGGACUUUUGAGAGGAGGUCAAAGUUCAUCAGGCAGGAUGAAAGGGGUAUUUAUCAGCCAGCAUCAGCGCCCUUAAUAGUCUGGAAUCUGUUGGAGUUUUCUCCCCCGCUGGAACUGGCUGCCUUUCACAAUGGCCGCCUGGACGCGACGGAGGCUCGGGAGCUGAUCCCCGCCGGGGUCGUGCGCAGCGGGGAGGCGGCCCGGCGUCCAUCAUGUCCUGGAAGAGGAACUACCUGGCGGCGGGCGUCUGCGCAGGCGCGGGGGCGGGCGUCGGCGCGGCGACGGGAGGCGUCACAGGUGGCGGGAUGCAGGGAAUGCUGACGCCUCGCACCGUGACCUCCAUCGCUCCCAGUAAAGGACUGAGCAACGAGCCGGGACAGAACAGCUGCUUCCUCAACAGUGCCCUGCAGGUCCUGUGGCACUUGGACAUUUUCCGCCGUAGUUUCAGGCAGCUGACGUCUCACAAGUGCAUGGAGGACUCGUGCAUCUUCUGCGCUCUGAAGAACAUUUUUGCUCAGUUCCAGUACAGCAGCGACACCGUGCUGCCCUCCGACGCCCUCCGAAGCGCCCUGGCUAAAACCUUCCAGGACGAGCAGAGGUUCCAGCUGGGCAUCAUGGACGACGCCGCCGAGUGCUUCGAGAACAUCCUGAUGAGGAUCCACUUCCAUAUCGCCGACGAGUCCAAAGAAGACAUCUGCACUGCCAGACACUGCAUCCCUCACCAGAAGUUUGCCAUGACGCUCUAUGAACAGUGUGUGUGCAGCAGCUGCGGAGCAUCUUCAGACCCGCUACCCUUUAUUCAGAUGGUCCAUUACAUCUCCACCACCUCGCUGUGCAACCAGGCGGUGAAGAUGCUGGAGUCUCGACAGAACGCCACCCCUGGAAUGUUUGGGGAGUUGCUGAGGAACGCCAGCAUGGGCGACCUGCGCAGUUGUCCUAGUCAGUGCGGCCAGCAGCUGAGGAUGGCUCGCGUCCUCCUCAACAGUCCAGAGAUCAUCACCAUCGGUCUGGUUUGGGACUCGGACCACUCGGACCUGGCAGAGGACGUCAUCCACACGCUGGGCACCUGCCUGCACCUGGGAGACUUGUUCUACAGGGUGAUGGAGGAGAAAGCUCGCCAGGCGGAGCUCUACCUAGUGGGCAUGGUGUGUUACUACGGCCGACACUACUCCACCUUCUUCUUCCAAACCAAAAUCCGACGCUGGAUGUACUUUGACGACGCACACGUCAAGGAGAUCGGUCCCAAGUGGAAGGACGUGGUGUCGCGCUGCAUCAAGGGCCACUACCAGCCCCUCCUGCUGCUGUACGCCGACCCGCGCGGGACCCCCGUGUCGGCCCGGGACCUGCAGCACAUCACCAAGGCGUGCUACGACAGCGAGGACUCGGGCCGCGAGCCAUCAAUCUCAAGCGACACUCGCACCGACUCUUCGACGGAGAGCACCUCGUCCCGGCAGCCCCCCCGCUGGCAGCAUGACUCCCAGGCCUCCGCCGUCCGCCGGCCACGCCCCGACGGGCCGCGCCACGCCUCGCUCUGCAGCCUGGACGCCGUAGGCAACGUGACGGACGCCGCUCCGCGGAAGGGAGGCAGGGCCAGAGACAGGAGGCGGAGCUCGAGCCGCCUCCGGCAAUCUAAAGCCGACCAGGGAGCCUCGUCAGCCGGUUACCACAGUGAGGGGGAGACGCUGAAGGAGCAGCAGGUUCCUCGCCAAGCCCCCCGGUCUUCUUCAAGCAACCUCCUGCGCGACUUCAAGGAGACCAUGAGCAGCAUCCUCCACAGCCGGCCCCUCCCCUCCUCCUCCACGGCCUCCCUGCCGGCCGCCGCCAUCGCCUCCGAAUCCAAAUCCGCCUCCUCGGGCAGGCCCCGGCCGGCGUGGAGGCCCCGCAGGGAGGCGCUGAACAUCGACAGCAUCUUCGCCAGGGAGAGGAGGAGCAGGCAGGCCGGCUACAGCCCGCUAGGGAGAGGUCUCGCCUCGGAGGACGUCUCCUCCUGGACUCUCCCGGCAGGGGGCGGUAGAGAGCAGGCCCCGCCUCCCAGGCUCAUCCAGAGGAUGGAGAGCGGCUACGAGAGCAGCGAGAGGAACAGCGGCAGUCCCACCAGCUUGGAUCUCAGCCUGGGAGAAAGGAAGUGUGCGGCGAAGACGUCGCCCUCUUCAGGACCGCCGUGGAAGAACACGCGGCCCAAGGACCUCAGCUCCGCCUCCAGGGCAAGCCCGGCGCCCCUCGUGGGUGGCAGCGAGCUGGACCAGCUGCAGGAGGAGGUGCUGAGGAGGGCGCGGGAGGAGGAGCGGCAGCGGCAGCAGGAGAAAGACAGGGAGGCGGCGCUCGGCUUCAACCCUCGACCCAGCAAGUACCUGGACCUGGACCAGCUGCAGAUCCAAGGUAAAGGUGACAAUCUGGAGCGGCGUCUGUCGGAGGCGGAGCUGCUGUUGGACCAAUCGGUGCGUCUGGAGCAGGCGGGCGAGGUCGCCGCUGCCCUGUCCGCCGUCAAUGACGCCGUGUCUAAGUUACGUCCGGCAGGCGAGGGCGGAGCUACUCUCCACAGCCGGGUGCAGCGUUGCAUGAGGAGAGGCCGCAGCAUGCAGCAACGUCUGCAGCAUCUUCAUCCUCAUCCUCAUCAUCCUCAUGGCUCACCUGCUGAGGAACAGCCCAGUGAAGAGCCUGUCUCGCAGCAAGUACUUCUGACACUGGACAGCCAAUGGGCUUCCAAGCAGCACCAUCAGGGCCUGCCUCUUCCUCCUCCUCCCUGCCACGUUGCGCUGCUCUCUCCCCCGACGGCCUCAUCACCCGACGGCUCCACCCACAACGCCACCGUAACCGCCGACAGGGCCCUGCCCCCCAGUGUCAACACGCCCGCACCUGUUGGCGCCGGGUCACUUCCGGCUCGGGGUACUUUGGAACAGACACACCUGGCAGAGUCCACCUCGCUGAAACCGACCGAGGAGGUGGACACCGCCACCCGGUGGACCGGGACCCCGACACAAACCCCGCCCCCCAGCUGGUCACGUUCAGAAACCCCUGCACCCAAUGCUGCCGCCAGGACUGACCUGGUGGAGGCGGAGUCCUGUCACAUCCAACACACACAGGCCACGCCCCCUACCAGGAGCAGGUCUUGCCUACCUGAAGACCGUGGCAUGAAAGCACCAAUCACCUUGUCGCCCUCGCGCCCUCUGACCCCGCCUGCCCAUGCCUCUUCCUACCCAGAGGGCAGCAGAAGUGUGCUGCCGGUGGAGCGCUGGGCACAAAACAUCAGCAGAUACUACAGCUCCCACAAUGCACCUGGGUCUGACUACAGCUCCCACAAUGCACUUGGGUUCACUGACAGCUCCCACAAUGCACCUGGGUCUGACUACAGCUCCCACAAUGCACCUGUAUCCACUGACAGCUCCCACAAUGCACUUGGGUCUGACUACAGCUUCCACAAUGCACCUGUGUUCACUGACAGCUCCCACAAUGCACCUGGGUCUGACUACAGCUCCCACAAUGCACCUGUAUUCACUGACAGCUCCCACAAUGCACUUGGGUCUGACUACAGCUUCCACAAUGCACCUGUGUUCACUGACAGCUGCCACAAUGCACCUGGGCCCAUCUACAGCUCCCACAAUGCACCUGGGUUCACUGACAGCUCCCACAAUGCACCUGGGUCUGACUACAGCUCCCACAAUGCACCUGUGUUCACUGACAGCUCCCACAAUGAACUUGGGUCUGACUACAGCUCCCACAAUACACCUGUGUUCACUGACAGCUGCCACAAUGCACCUGGGCCCAUCUACAGCUCCCACAAUGCACCUGUGUUCACUGACAGCUCCCACAAUGCACUUGGGUCUGACUACAGCUUCCACAAUGCACCUGUGUUCACUGACAGCUCCCACAAUGAACUUGGGUCUGACUACAGCUCCCACAAUGCACCUGUGUUCACUGACAGCUGCCACAAUGCACCUGGGCCCAUCUACAGCUCCCACAAUGCACCUGUGUUCACUGACAGCUCCCACAAUGCACCUGUGUUCACUGACAGCUCCCACAAUGCACCUGGGUCCAACUACAGCUCCCACAAUGCAACUGGGUCUGACUACAGCUCCCACAAUACACCUCGGUCCGACUACAGCACCCACAAUGCACCUGUGUCCGACUGCAGCUCCCACAAUGCACCUGUGUCCGACUACAGCGCCCACAAUGCACCUGGAUCCUACUACAGCUCCCACAAUGCACCUGGAUCUGACUACAGCGCCCACAAUGCACCUGUGUCUGAGCUGGACUGGCUGUACCAGAACAGCCUGAUGACUCCCAGCAUGCAACAGCUGGACUCACCUGUCAGCCUGCAACCCAGCAAAGGACUGAAGAGGAUCACGUCUGGAUCGUGUCGCUCCAAAACACCAACGGCAGAGAUGGAGAGACACGCCUACUCAACACCUGUACCUCUCACCACCAAGGUGGAAGACGAGAGCUACAGUGUGGAGAAUUUGCGUCGCGUCACUCGCAGCCUCAGCAGCUCCGUCAUGGCAACCGUUGGCCCCGCCCACAGCCGUAACUCCUCCUCCCUCCCCCGUCACCUCCCCUCCUCCCACCUCCGUCACUACCGCCCUCCACCACAGCACACCCCCCCGCCACAGCACACCCCCCCGCCGACGUCACCGCCCCCCAGCACCCGGGGACUCCCAGGACCUGGAAGGCGGACCCAGCAGGCGGCCAUGUUUACUCCCGGCGGGCGCGAGGGAGUCGCCGUGAGUUACGCCACUCUUCCCCGCCCUCCUCGCCGAGCUCAGGCCGCUUCCUCCUCCACCUCCUCGCUCCCCAGGGGGGUCAGAGCCCCUCCCCCGGGGGGUCCGCAGAGUCUCUACGCCACCCUGUCCCGCCCCGCUCGCCAGCGUGAAAUGCAGCCGUCGCCGGGGGCGGGAAGGGGGCGGAGCCACCCCCAGCCGCUGCGCCUGGACAUGCCACCAGAGGGCGACUGGCGUAAGAGCGCCGCUCGCCUUCGCCAGACGCCCCCUCAGCUCUGCUCGCUGUGCCUUCAGCUUCCUGCCGAGCCGCCCCGCCCCUUUUGCGCGCCCUGCGCCGCCUACGUGGCUCGACGGCGCGCCGCCCGGUGACCACUGGAUGAAAAGUCUGUUUGGAAUGUGACACUUCCUGUGUAGCCUUUUAUUUUCUUAUGUGCCUACGUCAGCGUUUCCUCUCCACUUCCUGUUUGGACCUCAACAACGCCUCCUCUUCCCGGCUGACGGAGGAGAGGCAAAGUCAAGACUCUCGGCAUAGAAGGAAUUUAAAGUAGUUUUUUAGACGUUGCAGCUAAUAUUUAGCAUGUUUUCCUCCUAUAUAACUCUGAUGGACAUAGAAAUAGAAAUAUAGAUCUUUAACGCUCGCUAACGUUAGCAAGACGCUUUGCUAGCAAUUAGCAUGAAAACUGUUUCCUUUAGCACCUCAGUGACCAACAUUGAAACACGGUAGCGUAGUAGGCCAAAGUAUUCAUUAAAAGCACGACAGAGGUUAUAUUCAGCAAGUAUAUUUCAUAUUUUUACACGCAGUUUGAAUAUUUAAUCACGUGACUUUUUGGCGUACCACUAGAGGGAGCCACAGUUAGAGAAUGGCUGUUUUAAUCCAGUCUGAAGAUUUAAUUUCUUCUAUUUGUAUUGCUUAUUUUUCUACUCGUAGGAUUGGCAAUAAAAUGUUUCUCGGA